AUGGGAAAGAUCAUCUUCUACGAGGACAAGAACUUCCAGGGUCGCUCCUAUGAGUGCAACACCGACUGUGCCGACCUGCACACCCAUUUCAGCCACUGUAACUCCAUCCAAGUGGAGAGUGGUAGCUGGAUGGUCUAUGAGCGGCCAAACUACAUGGGCUACCAGUACUUCCUGAGAAGGGGAGAGUAUCCCGACUACCAGCGCUGGAUGGGCUUUAAUGAUUGCGUGAAAUCCUGCCGCAUGAUCCCUCAAAAUCAGGGAGCUCACAAGAUGAGAAUCUACGAGCGCUCUGACUUUGGCGGUCAGAUGCUGGAGUUUGCCGAUGACUGCCCCUCCCUCUACGAUCGAUUCCAUUACAAUGAUAUCCACUCUUGCAAUGUUAUGGAGGGGUAUUGGCUCUUCUAUGAGCAUCCCAACUACAGAGGCAGGCAGUAUCUCCUGAUGCCUGGCGAGUACAGGAGAUACAGUGACUGGGGAGCCAUCAAUUCCAGGAUUGGCUCCAUCAGACGUGUUGUUGCUCACCCAAACUGA